ACGUUGCUGCUUAGAUUGAAAUGCAGAACUCAAGCCUCUUUCAGCCGGGCACAGACUUCCUUUUACUCUUUCCUUUGGCACUCUUGUCGCCUCCUCCCGGGGAGAAGCCAAGGCACCCUCGGCUUGGAGCAGCGACAGGCCGGCUCAGUGAGAACAAGGAAAAAGUUUCUUUCUGGGAGUGCGGAACUGGGGCCGGGUUGGUGUACUGCUCGGAGCAAUGGAGCCAGCCUUCGGGGAGGUGAACCAGCUGGGAGGAGUGUUCGUGAACGGAAGGCCGCUGCCCAACGCCAUUCGGCUUCGCAUCGUGGAAUUAGCCCAACUGGGCAUCCGACCUUGUGACAUCAGCCGCCAGCUACGGGUCUCGCACGGCUGCGUCAGCAAGAUCCUGGCGCGCUACAACGAGACCGGUUCGAUUUUGCCGGGAGCUAUUGGGGGGAGCAAGCCCCGGGUCACCACCCCUACUGUGGUGAAACACAUCCGGACUUACAAGCAGAGGGACCCAGGCAUCUUCGCUUGGGAGAUCCGGGACCGCCUGCUGGCGGAUGGCGUGUGCGACAAGUACAACGUGCCCUCGGUGAGUUCCAUCAGCCGGAUUCUGCGCAACAAGAUCGGCAACUUGGCCCAGCAGGGUCAUUACGACUCAUACAAGCAGCACCAGCCCGCGCCGCAGCCCGCGCUGCCCUACAACCACAUUUACUCGUAUCCCAGUCCCAUCACGGCGGCAGCUGCUAAGGUGCCUACACCACCUGGGGUGCCGGCCAUCCCCGGAUCGGUGGCCUUGCCGCGCACCUGGCCCUCCUCUCACUCGGUCACGGACAUCCUGGGCAUCCGCUCCAUCACCGACCAAGGAGUGAGCGACAGUUCCCCCUACCACAGCCCCAAGGUGGAGGAGUGGAGCAGCCUGGGCCGCAACAACUUCCCUGCCGCCGCCCCGCACGCAGUGAAUGGAUUGGAGAAGGGAGCCUUGGAGCAGGAAGCCAAGUACGGCCAGGCACCGAAUGGUCUCCCAGCUGUGAGCAGUUUUGUCUCAGCAUCCAGCAUGGCUCCUUACCCUACACCAGCCCAAGUGUCACCCUACAUGACCUACAGUGCUGCUCCUUCUGGUUAUGUUGCUGGACACGGGUGGCAACAUGCAGGCAGCACCCCACUGUCCCCCCACAACUGUGACAUUCCCGCAUCGCUGGCUUUCAAGGGAAUGCAGGCAGCCAGGGAAGGCAGCCAUUCUGUGACCGCUUCUGCACUCUGAUGGGAGUGUCCACUCCUGGCAGCUCCACUUCCGGUCUCCCCUCCUAGCGCAUCCUCCCUCUCGUCACACCCCACCCCUCCAGUGGUCCAGCUUUACUGCCUCAAGAGCUGGCUUCAUGGAUUCAUAAUCUUUGUGCUGAUGACACUUAAAUUUUUUUUUUUUGCUGUAACUUCCCUUUUUCCAGGAAACCUGGCAUAACUUUAGGAUUUAAAAAUAAAAGCAACUCUAAAGGUGGAAUGAGACAUUUGUGUUGCCCGCACACUGUUUUAACACAGAGAAGAAACCUAUUCCCCUCAAAGGGCUUAUGGAACUUCGUAGGUCUGUCUUUGGUAAAACCACACGUGUAUAUUUAUUCUAAAUCAACCUGAACUUUCGAAACGUGCAAUUGUUGAGAUUUUGCAAAAUCAAUAAAGGAAAACAGAUGUAGAAAAAAAAAGUUAUGUGAUACGCUCUAAUCAAAUAAGGUGACCAAAUAAGCUUUAAUUCACCAUUAGGAAACUAAUCAAUAACUGACUUGUGUGAUCUUUCGUUUCUUUUGAAGAGAUGAUGUAUUUUGUUGAGAAAUAUGUAUAGAAUUCAAGCAAUAUUGGAAUUUUGCUCCUUUGGUUGUUUUGACUUGGUUCCCAAUACAGUAAUGUUUGUAUUUCUAUGACCUUGUAAAUAUGGAUGUGGAUGUCUUCAUUCCAUGGGGUACCCCUCCACCAACACCAACACCUCUCUUUUAUCUUUCUUCCUUUGCAAAGGUGACUUGCUGGUGAUGUGUUUCUCUGUUUGGUGGUGGGCCACUUGGGCUCCUGCGCCUGGACUUGCCCCAGGUUGUGUGUACUCAGUAAAGGCUUCAGCAUCUCAUGAAGGAGACUUUUUUUUUUUUUCCUAUGGCAGAGGACUCAAAACAUAGAUAAAACAAGUCAGGCUUUAGUUUGUAUCCCAGUCAAACAACACAUAUGUCAAGCACAGGACAACAAAAGGCUGUAACAUACCUGUACCACAAUCCUCUAACAGAAGUCACUAGGAAUACAUCUAAUGUGAAAUGGGUUUUUGUCUUUUUUUUUUCUUUCUUUCUUUCUUGCAACAACACUUAAAAUGAACUUUAUGUGAUGGAAAACCACUGUGAAAUGAAAUUGUACUGUUGUUGUUGGCUUACCUGUGUGAUCAGCAAUCUCAGCCCCACAUUUGUCUGAUAACUUAAAAGGAGAUGGAGAACUCUUCUCUAAUGAAUGUAGUAACAAUGGCUUGCUGUGAAGUUUACAGUGCGUACUGAAGCAUGUUUCGCAUGUAGGUCAAUUGGUGUUGGCAUCAGAAAUACAAAUGCUAUUUAAUUUUUUA